UCCCCCGCAGGAAACUACAGACAUUUAAUAAAUGAGUCAGUGUGAGCUGACAGAAACAGAAAGUACAAUGCCGAAGAUACAAGACAAAAUGAUUAAAACAAACAAAAAACCAAAUUAAUUAAACAAACAAAAAAACCAAACAAACAAAAAAACAUUUCAAUGGUGAUGUACUUUCAAAGCGAGAGGCUGGAGUGAAGUGGAUGGCGAGAAGCAGGGAGUUUAUCUGAGUUGGGUUAAGAGCACAUGUUGAUGUGUGCUGCUCUCAGAGAGACCUUCAUUUACGAGUUACCGGAAACACUGAACUACUCUCGAGUGCGUCGCAUGUGGAAGUAACAAUGUCAGGAGCCUAUUUCUGGGAUUUUCUCAAGAAUCUUUCAGGUAACCCCAAUUUGAGAAGCUAUUUUAAUGUUUCCUGAACACUUUGCCAUCUCAAAACUCCAGUGCUAUGCCAAGCUGAACCUUUGUGGACUCGAGUUACACGGGAGGAAGAUGAAUGCUUGCAUUAACACUAAUGAGCACCAAGACAACUCAAUUAAAGAAUAUCAGCAUCACAUCUACGCCAUCUUCUACAUGGUGAUCCUCAUUCCCGGGCUGAUCGGCAACGUUCUCGCACUCUGGGUUUUUUACGCCUACGUGAAGGAGACAAAGAAGGCUGUGAUAUUCAUGAUCAACCUGGCCAUCGCUGAUCUGCUGCAGGUGCUAUCGCUACCUCUGCGCAUUUACUACUAUUUAAACAACUCCUGGCCUUUCGGCGAUGCUGCCUGCCUGCUCUGUUUCUACCUGAAAUACGUCAAUAUGUACGCCAGCAUUUACUUCCUGGCUUGCAUCAGUGUGAGACGCUGCCGGCUCAUCAUCCAGCCGCUGCGCUGCGGGACCACCAAGAGACGGCGGGAGCGUGGCCUGUGUUUGAUCGGGUGGUUCGUCGUGUGUCUGGGAUGCCUUCCCUUCCCUCUUCUGAGACAACCGUCUCAAGCCAGCGUCAACUCGACCUCGCUGUGCUUCGCCGAGCUGCCCAUGACGCCGCUCAGUAAGCUGCUGGGAGUGUCUCUGGUGACGUUCGCCGAGACGACGGGCUUCCUCCUGCCGCUGGUCAUCGUGGUCACCUGCUCGUGGCUGACGGCGGCCAGUCUGCGGCAGAAGACCUGUGUUCUGCAGGACACCGGAGAGAAGCACAAGGCGCUCAAGAUGGUGCUGAGCUGCGCCACUGUGUUCCUGGUGUGUUUCGUGCCCUAUCACAUCACUUUCCCUUUAGAUGUCUUGGCCAAAUCAAACUGCGCUGUUAGCUCUGCUUUUAAGAAUGCCGUGCUCCACGUUCAUCCGGUCACUUUGUGUCUAGCCAGUCUGAACUGCUGUCUGGACCCGGUCAUGUACUACUUCACUACCGAUGAGUUCAAGCGGCGUCUGUCUAGACCAGAUUUUCAAGAAAGCUUGCCGUUACAGCACAGAACUGCUUUCUUCACAAAUGCUACAGUCUAAACCAGACAGAGGAAGCGCAGGGACGUUGUUCUAAGCCUUUCAUACGGAUAUACUCCCAACAUUUGUCAUGUGAAAUUCAGGAGAGAUCUUCAUUCUGCUCUUGAAGAUCCGGGAAUGGGUGAAAGGACUUGCAUUUAACCCUAAAACAGGAAUAUUGUAAAAUAUUAUUAUAUUUGACAUUUUUAACUUGAACAUAUAUUACGAUGUAAUUUAUUGUUACGAUCAAAGCUGUAUUUUGAGCUCCAUUACUCCAGUCUUCGCAGCUCACUUCUCUGAUUAUUAUCACAGCUUUGUGCUUCGUUCUCUUGGAAAUCAAAUGUGCUGCAGACUAGGGAUGGGUGUAUUGUGAAAUAUAAUAAUUACUGAUGGCACUUUUAAAAGUAUCAAUACUCAAAUAAAAACGUGGAUACUUGGGUGUGUUUUAUUUAGUGCUGCAUUUCCAAAAGUGUCAAAAGAAACCACUGAUGCUAUCGGGAACAGCAGCACACACAAUUGAAACCAACUGAAAUCGUAGUCUGUACAUCUAUUUAAAUUGAAUGUUAAAUGUUUCGAUUUAUUUUGUUCUAUUCUGUAACUAUAUUGUUCAUUUAAAUUAUAUGACGUUAGAAUAAAAACAUUGCAUUUUAUACAUGCAACAGCCUGUCACUGCAGACCCUAACGGAAAUAUAAUACCUAAUAAAUUGCAGUUAAGGCAUAUUGAAUGUAAAAAUAUAACGUUUAGUGGCUAUAAUAUCCCAUUUUACUAAAUUACAUCAUUUAAAAGUUCAGUAUUGAUAUGCAUAUUGAUGAUACUAGCCUUUAAAAGUAUUAGUAUCAUAUUGGUACGGCCCAUCUCUAGUGCAGGCAUCUGAAAAGUGAAGCCGAGACGUAGAGAUUGUGAUUUGUGGCUGAUGGCAGUAUAUGUCAUAAACACCGCCCUCGCCCUGCAAACUUGGACCUGAUUCAAACAAAAAAAAAAAAAAAAUGUAAUUUCACUUUAAUAAAAUUUUACACUUUAAAGAAGAUGUUUACAUCAGUUUAGGUAGCUCAUAUUAUGCUAAUGUGUGUUCAAACUUUUUUCUCUAAUAAGUUUAACACAAAGCGUGUGGUGUCAUGACUGCGGUCAUACUGAGACGUUCUGACUGUCGUUUUUCUACAACGGAAGGAAUUUGAGUUGGUUUUUUUACCAUAUAUAGUGGAAACUGUGAAACAUUCUUCCAUCACUCAAUGACAUUUCUUUUAAACAGAUUUGUGUGUGUGUUUGUAACAAAGUCUUUACUAUUACUUUUAAUACAUUGAAUGCAAUAAAAUGUUCUGUUGUUUAAAAAAAUACUUAUGUUAUUAUGAUGACUGAUGCUUGCAUCAGACAGACCUCAUUUCCUAUGACAUGCAAGUUGUUUUUUUAAGAGUUAUUUAUAUUAAGAGAGCUUGCUUGAGGCUGAAUUUGUCAAAUACAGUACUGGAACAUAUUUUGCAUGGCAUAUAGCAGUUAGUUUCAGUUCUUUCUGCCAAACGUGUUUGAAUUCAGCAGAGUAUUAAAUGAAAAUGCAGUAGACAUGCACUGUGAACUAGAUUUGGUUAGCGCAUUAUUAGUGUUUGAAUUAGUCUCAUGUGGACCAAACUGCAGAGGAGAUGACCUACGAGCACAAACAGCCUCUGAAACACUGGUACACUGGCUAGGUUCGGUCCAUCGAGGAAAUGAAUAAAUAGAAAUGAAGGUAGAAUGGAAUCACAGCAAUAAUGAGCGAACUGCAUUAUGAAAUAAACUGCAUAUUAAAAUAUGAAAUUUUAGUAACACUUUAGAAUAGGGAACACUUAUUCACUGUUAAAUAUGAUUUCUUCCCUCAAUAAAUUAAUGAAUAGUUAGUAAGGUAGUUGUUAAGUUUAAGUACUGGGUAGGAUUAGAGACUAAGGUUAUGUAGAAGUAGGCAUUAAUAUGUGAUUUAUUACUACUAACUGCUAUUCUAGCAAUAUGCCUACUAAUAAGCAAGUAGUAAAGAGACCCUAAAAUUAAUUGUUACCAAUGUUAUUUCAAAAGAAAUGUUUUAAAUAUGAAGUAGAACUGCCAGCAAGUCACUGGCUGAAUUUAUCCCACAGAUUCAAACUGCUGUAAUGAACUGAUGUAUGAAAUCAAUAUCACGUUAGUUCAUGUUACUGAUCAUAUUUACAAAAUAUCUUCAUGAAGCAUGAUCUUAUCCUAGACCUAUACAAUGUAUUGUUGGAUAUUUCUAGAAAUGUACCCUUGCUACAUUUGACUUCCUUUGUGCUUUCAGGCUCGCAAAUACAAAAAAAAAUUGUGUUUUCUUCUCUGUAUAUUUUUACAUUUAUGGAAUUUUACGUAGCUUUGUACUUAUUUAUAUUUAAUCACAAAUUAAGACAACAUUCCUAAUUCAUCAGGCUAGCUCAGACAAUGUUUCACUGCAAGUGUGUGUUGACAGUGUGCACACAACCACACAAUAAUGACCCAAAUUAACCUGUUCAUUUUUAAAUAAAUAAUAAGCAGUGCCCCAGAACAAGCCAAUCACAGAAUUUGUAAACUGUGAUGUCACAGAUUAAAAGCUCCACCCUGACACACACAAUCUGCCACGAUUAUCUUUACACUAGAGCAUUUAAAUGCAUAUUACGAUCAGAUGUGCUUCCUGCAUGCAGUCGGCCUACAACGACAUGACCAGCGCUCCAGAGAAGAGCAGCUCUCCAGCUCUCCAGCGUGAUCGACCCAUCCUGUCAAAGGAUGCAACUACUAACUACAUUAGUAGUAGUUACUGCCUUUAGUAGUGACUACACUGCCUGUGAUGUUUCUGUUCCGGUCACGGCCCUCCUGCCUCCAGCUCAAACUACAAGCGUCAGUCCUCGACACGGUCUACCAGGUCCAAUCCACAACAGGGAAACCACUGAACGUUCGUCAUCAAGUCAGACCUCUGCUCUUACACGCAGGACAACUACACACUUACUGGUUCUGGAGGGCAGUGGUUGGUAAAACACAAUCCCAUCUUCUCGAGGGAAGUCUAAAAGUGGGGUAGUAACUGUUAUUCUGAAUGCUUUCCUCUUUUGACGUUAACGGACGCUCGACGACUACAUAUCAACACUAUGUCCAUAGAAAAUAACCACCAAACUCCGUUCUCAGUUAGCACUCAUCCCAGCAGCCCUAGAG